AUUUCGUGGAAAACGAAACUAGGAGUGCCGUGUAUGAUUUCAUGCAGGCAAUCGUUUCCUUGUGCAGUUUUGAUUCGUGAACGUCGAUCAUCCUUCCACUACGAUGGCAGACUUAGUAAUCCAAAAAGAGGCUUGCUUCUAUGGUGAUCUGUUGGCAUUUUAAUCGUCCAUCAAGUCUGAUCGAGGGGGGCAGAAGAUGUCCGACAAUGGCAAUGAUGGUAAGAAGAGAAACAAUUCAAUACCUUUAGCAGAGCAUCCAGAGAAUUAUGAAGCAUCAGUUGACAUCAGUGGGAGCAUGGAAGGUUCAUCUAGUGGUGAACCCAGGCAAGUGUUGGGUGCACAUUCUACAGCAGAAGGGCAAGUCAAGGGUGCUCCCAAUCAAACAGCGAGUAGUAGAGUGCAGGCACUUUGUGAUAAAUGGGAAGAAGUUGGAAAGAAAACCUAUUCAGAAAUUGCAUCAGCAUUACCUGGAGGGGCAGAAAGGUAUCCCUACCAGAAGCAUGUUCAUUGUGGGGAUUCUUCCCAAUUACCCACCUCACCAGAGAAGCAGUCUUCUGGUCAGCACUUCCAAGAAGUAGUGAAGAACCCAUUGCAAGAAAAUCCUGAACAAGGUUUACAGUCUUUGCAAGGAUCUCCAAAUCAAGGUCGUCUUUGUCAGGGGAGCAAUCCACCAGCUCAAGCAGAAUAUGACUCCAAAGAACAGCAGCUGCAAGGAUCCCUUCAUGAGGAAAAUUUUGUACGUGGAUCUUCCAAAUGCUACGAUCACCCAGCAGAACAGUUACAGAACAAUCAACCAGCUGAUGUUUCCCAGGAAACACAAGUAAUCUACACCAAAGGAGGACAGCCAGACCUUUCUGAAGAAAGCCCUUCUAAUAGAAGUGACACUGGAGGUUCUGGGUCCUACAGAAUGCCUUCUGCUAGUACACAAGCAAACCAGCAGAUUGCAGUGUUUUUCCACUUAUACACCAGUCUUGACGCAGAGAGUGUCAAGGUCAUGACAUCAGACAAUCGCACAAUCCAGUUGGAUCAAGCUUGCACUGGACAAAAACGUUACUGGAUCAAUCAGAAUCCUUUCUAUCUGCCUAAUGAUCAAAAGGUAUUUCUUUAUCACUACAUUGCCACAUUUAAGAAAGGCUUACUGAAAAGGUUUUUUCAGUGGGUAUUUAAUGGCUCAGGUGAGGGUUCCACUGAAUUAGUUCAGGAAAAGAAAUUUCGGAAAUUGAAUACUUCAUGCAGAACACACCAGUACGACAUCUUCCGUUUUUCGUCAAACAAGGAAAGUGACCAGGUUCUUUUUGCUGGUUAUUUUUUCUUUGUUCGCAUGCUGCACUCCAAGCUCCAUGUUGGUGGGGGAAAUGACUUUCGACAAGUCCUUGUCGAAUGUGAAAAAGUGCGUUUGGGCUUUUCCUGGAUUGAAAAAGAGGACACAAUUGCAUUCUUAAAGUGGAUUGAAGAAGUAAUCAGUAAAACAAGCACUUGGCAGGAUGUUGUUUUUGUUUGCUCUAUUCUGGGACGUUUCGUGGAAUUAAGGAACUGUCAUGAUAUCUUUCAUAACAUGCCAUCAAAGACAGCUGACAGCCUACUGAAUCUCCUGACAUAUUGUGAGUACGACCACAUUCCACAAAGCAGUGUGAAAAUGAUCAGGUUAGUUGCUACACGUCUGCUUCAAGCUGGUUCUCAGAGAGGAUGGCUAGCGUUUCUUAGCUACUUUGCCAAUUUGUUUGAAGUUGACAGUCUGCUUCAAAUUGCAGUCAAUCUGCCAAUGCAAUAUAAAGAUGAACACUUCAACAGCCUUGCAGGUUAUGUUGUAGAUCUGCUUGGGUCAUUGGCAGAGGUCAACGACAGCAGACAGAUCUGUGGUUUUGUAGUAAACAACUGCCAUUCCAUAGGGUGCCUUUGGCAUCUUUAUCGUGAACUGUCAGUCCGUUUACCUAAUCUUUCAGAUUCAUUAGGUGAAGAAUUCUCGCAAAGGUUCUGUAAGUUAAUUGCAGGCCGAACCAGGGCACAAAGGAUUGAUCUCUGGCAGCGGAACUAUUGGGACAUGACACCCACCGCAAUGAGGAAAAGAUUAGCUGACCCAUUUGUGGAGGCUUUGCAUCAACAGGUCGUGCAUGGCACCUUGUCCCAAGAAAUGCUUGUCACUUUGAAAGCAUAUACUGCUGAUAAAGAUAUUUGUGCAUCAAAAUGUUUUGUUCCCUUUAUUCUUUGUCUUGCGCAGAACAGGAAUGAAGGUGUCAUCAAUGCUGUGAUGGAUAUGCUGAAUUCUAACAGGUUCAUUGAAGUCUGGAAUUCUUGGAGAGACGCUGAAAAAGCAGAGAUGUGCAGUUCCCUGCUCAAAACUAUGUUUCAAUUUCAAAACCCUUUUGGCAGAAGACGACAGCAAGAGAAAGUUAUCCAAGUUUUGGAAGCAGAGAAGAAGAUCUGUGAAACGUAUACAUUGCAAAAUGACCAGAAGAUGAAGAUGGAAUUGGAGGAAUGUGCGAUUAAACUCCUGCAAAAUGUUAGCAUUAAAUCCAUUCUUGAUGCAUUUGUAGACACUGACAGCUCGUCACAAGUGAUGCAGUCUUGCUAUUCGUCGCUCCUGAGAGAUGCUGUUAAACGAAGAAGUGGAACCAGUGGUGAUACUUCCGAGAUCGAAACGUUGCUCCACCUUCUGGACGUCAAAAAGAAGGGUGACAAAAAUCAAACAACGGGAUUUGAAGGGGCACAUUGGGAGCUACUUGUGUAUCUUUUGGAAUUGGCCAAAAUUCCUGCAAACCAAAGUGAUGUGGAAGAAGUUCUGACGAAGAUGUUACCAAUGAAAGAGGUGUGGUUUUUCUUGCUUCGGAUAUUAAAACCCACAAGCAAACUACACAGUCUUCCUGAGGUUAAAGUAGUUAUCUCGGCCUUGAAGAGUUUGAGGGCUUUAAUAGUAGAGCACAACAUUCGGGUGGGUUACCUUCUGCAACUUCAAGAAGCGGAGACUACCUCACUGGCAAAAUUGUGCUCACUAAUUGAUGCUUCUGAAGGAAAACUGUCAGAACAGUGCCGCAGUGAAUCAACGUGGAAGAAUGAAAUCUGGACAGAUUGCAAGAAAGCUCUCAAAUUUCAAAAAACAUUUUCAAAAAUGGAACACUCCAUCCAGUUUGUCCAAAGGGUAGUGGACGGUGUUGCAGAAAUAGGAGAUGUUGCAGAACUAAGCAAAGAAAUAAACAAGAGGAAGAAGUUCUUAAAUAAAUCCUUGAACGAAGUGUUGGAUGACAGUUACUGGGGUUCUCUUCUGUUUCCUCUUAUUGAAUCUGCAGAGGUUCUUGAUAACUUGCAGCAAAGUAACUUUUUCUUCAACAUAGCGCGUGCUCUCCUUAAAACUGAAAAUGGUGGAAUGGUGGCGAACCCUGAAUCUGGCUCAGCUGAUCAAGUUAUGCAACUGCUUAGCAGCAAAGGAAUCGAAAGGCUUCAAAAGGCUUGUAAUCCAUUGUUCAACAGAAACAGUGAUCCUGCCAUUCAAGAAGUGCAAAUUCUUCUUUAUGGAAUCAAAAAUGCAGAUGACUUGCACAAAGAGCUUCAAUUUAUCAGCGACUACUUUCGAAGGCCAGGAGUCACAAAGGCAAAGGAAAAAAUGCUUGUCGAUUACUUGAAGUAUCCCCUCGUCCAAGAAAAGGUCAAACAACUGGUAUCAACAUUGGAAGUGUUUGGAUACAACAACACUAACUGUUCCAUGAUAAAGAAUUAUCUCGAAGAGUUUGUCACACCCCUGCACCUGAAACCCAUGACAUUGAAGGGUCUUUGUGAAUCAUUGGAAACGGAGACCAUGGUCACAGUAGACAGCAGCCUUGACAAAGAUCUGACCAACGUAGUCAGUGUCCUGUCAGAGUCUCGUGAGCUACUUUCGUUCGUAGAAGAGACAGUCGGAGAAGAUAUGGUGGUGCUGAUAGACGUUGUAGAAGAACAUUCAGACCAGUUUGUCUCAGAAGCUACUGUUUCACACUUGAUUGAUGUUCACCGAUUUUUGAAGAACAUUGUGCAAGACAAACCAGCUGACCCCAUGGCAUUUUUACAUCUCCUGAAAAACUGCUAUGACAGCCUGCAGGGAAAGCAGGGAAUGGCUGCUAAAAUAGAUGAAUGUAGUCGCAAUGUGCACAGUUUGAGGGCUCUCUACACGAAUGUUGCUAAUCGGGGGGAGAUGACAAAGGAAAUUAUAAGCAAUGCUCUGAAGAGAGGACGUUACCAGCUCGGACGAAAUGAUGAUGGUUCCUGGGAAGUUUUGUUGACCUACGAGAGGCAGAAGAACAGUGGCCAGAGUGAAGGAGGAGACGGAGGCAGACCAGGUCCAAAGAAGAGUGAUCCACAUACCUGUUACAGAUUAACAGACCUACAAGAUUUACGGAGUCGCGCCCUCCUCAUCGUCAAUAUCGACUCUAAACAUCACAGUGGUAAGGCACAUGGUGACGGGCACACCAAAUGUUCUGCAGCUGACUUGAAUGAGUUUGUGAAGCAGGUUGACCAGAUAAUGGAGAUACUGAGCGUAGCUGCUGUGCUUCAUAACACUGGCCACCCAGACUACAAGGCAUUUUGGGUGAAACUUUCUUCUGCCCAUGAGAUUGAAGAAAAAGCCCGAACCAUGGCACAGAACAUAACACAGUGGAAAGCUAUACUAGAAGCUAUGCAGAAAAAGUAUUUCUUUUUGAAUUACUUUCAUCCUGAUCAGCUGUGGAUUCUCAGUGACUUCUUUGCACAAAUGCCUGCAUUUGGUGGAGGGGAAAUAUCCAAGAAGAGUGUCGUACAUGAUCUCCUUCGCUUUAUAGAACCUUCUCUUACAAUAGAUUCCCUUGAUACACUUUCUGGUUUGUAUCAAAAUCCCAAGAGAAAGACGUUGGAAGGAGAUUUAUGCGCCAUUGGAGAGGCGUUGGAUGCUUUUUUCCUCCCCUUGGCAGAACCACCGUUUUACAAAGUACCCCAACAUCAUCUUCAAGGGGCAGUACAACCUGGUGAAUUGUUUCUGGCUGUGCUGGAACAAGGAAGCACACAGACUGUCCAUGUGGUGAUGUCCCUUUUUGAGUUGACGACAGGAACACACCCAGCGCCGAAUCAAGUUCUUUUUUGCAAUCAAGACACAAGUUGGGAAGAAAUUCAACGCCUGUUACGAAGAUCAUUUGAAGCUUACAGGCACCCAAAGGGACCCACAUUACACUGCCUAGCCAACGUGGAAAGCCUGCCAAAUGACAUGCAGUUUGAUUUAGUGGCUGGUAUAAAAGAUCUCCAAAGUGUUUCUAAUGACCCAUACCUUCUGAGCCUUGUUUGUCGAGGAGGGCCUCAUCACCACAUUGUGGAUCAGUUUGCAUCAGGUGCUCGCAAUGUUACAGGUAUGACAGAAGUCAAACUAAGAGUCAAGUUCAUGGAAACAUUGCCAAACGUUUCUGUAGUUACCUCAGACCUCCCAGGUAUGGGAAAAACAGAAACUAUCUUUAGUGAGGCAAUCCAAAAAGAGAAAGCUAUUGUAACAUUUCCUAUAAGUGGACCACUGUCUCGCAGUAAUCUUGUUCAUCGACUGGCGAGUCUGCAAAUGAGAGAAUGUGAUUGCAUUCAUCUGGACAUCGGUGAAGUCGAUAAUCCACUUGCUCUGGAUACAUUUUUAUUUGAGCUUGUUGUCAUGGGAAUGGUUUCCUCAGGGACACAAAUUUAUCAUCUUCCCACUAAGCAAGUGUACAUAGAAAUUGCAAACACUUUGAACGACUGGCUACAAGACUCAUUACCGGUUACAAAAUGCUUCACCUCAAUCCACGUCAAGUUUGAGGGUUACAAGCAUUAUGUGGUUAGUGUGGAGUCCUCAAGUCCUAUUCAAGUGGUUUGCAACUAUCUUAAUGCUUAUGAAGUUGGAACCUUGGAGAGUAAGGAGGUUAUAUUCAGUGGUCCCAACAAGGUGAAGCCACUGCAGUGCGAAAGAUGCAUAACACUUCUACAGAAGUACUUUUCUACUGGAGAAAUCUCCUAUAACAUCGUCGAGAACUUUCUUGGAGUAUUUGCAGAUCAACUCCUUAAAUUUUCAGCAAGUCCUUUCCUAAAACCAAGUAAUUUGAAAGCCAUGCUUGGUCAAUCACACGAUGUGCGAACGCGCUUAUUUGAAGCACUUUUACAGGUUUCAAGAGAAUUUGCAGUUCGAUCUGUCGUCACUUGUAAAUCGGUACAGUCAGAAGCUAUCUCAGACCAGCAAGCAACAGAAGUGCUCAAGCAGGCCCAGUUUUCGUCUGUAAAGACUGCAAGUAAGAUGAUCGAGCGUGUGGAUGGCAUGAUUCAGUGGGCCGAUAACAAUCACUUGCUACUAAUUUUUCAGAGAGCAUUGACAAUUUCUGUCUUGUAUCGGGAGCUGCUUUUAGUGCCUCCAAGUGUCCGAACUCUGUAUAAAAUUCAAGAAGGAAAGGAGUUAGAAGACUACGCCAAUUUUAAUCAAGAGAAGCUCCAACAGAAGCUUGAACUUUUAGCAAGGGCAACUGAAACAACUGAACCAGCAAGCCAUGCUGAUCCAUCUUUAAAGUAUGCCUUGACACCGGAUAAUAUCCUCAAAAUGGUCCUUAUAUUGCUUCGCAUUAGAGCCAGUAUUCCAGUAAUUAUUAUGGGAGAAACUGGAUGUGGUAAGACGAGCCUUGUGAGAUACCUUGCCAAAACCUGUGAUGUUCCUCUUCAUGUUUUCAAUUUUCAUGCUGGUGUUACAGAAACUCACAUCAUAAAUUUCGUGGAAGACAUAAAGAAAGAAGCUUUGUCCCCAGAGAGGCGUAAGCAACCGGUGUGGGUAUUUCUUGAUGAAAUCAACACCUGUGACUACAUUGGUACCAUUAAUGAGAUCAUGUGUCAUCGCACUAUCACAGGAAAGCCACUACCGUCCAACGUUGUGUUCAUUGCUGCUUGUAACCCAUAUCGACUUCGCCCAGUGGGAAAGAUAUUAACUUCAGGCCUUGGUGAGAAAAUUUCCACAGAUGAAUACUCCAGACUGGUGUACCGUGUUCACCCACUUCCAGAGACAAUGAUUGAUUAUGUCUGGGAUUAUGGCUCGGUAAGCCCGGAAGAUGAAAGAAGAUACAUUGCUCGGAUGGUGGAGGGUGUUUUUGACAACAAGCAUGGACGUCUGCUGGUUGAAGUUCUUUUUUCUUCCCAGAGAUUGAUUCGAGAUUUUGAACACACACCAUUUUGUGUGAGUUUACGAGAUGUUCAUCGCUGUAUUGUUCUCAUGAACUGGUUUCAUAGGAUUUUACAAGAACGGGAAAAACUUACACCAGCCAAGAUUCCAACCCAUAUCCAAGGCUACUAUGAGCAAACUCGCAGUGUUUCACUAGAGGUGCGAUCUGUGGUGUUGGCACUGGCUCACUGUUACCGGUCACGUCUGCAGACAGCAAAGAGAAGAGAGGAAUUUGACAGUGAGAUAUCAAACCUUAUUGGAAAAGCAGAGCAAGGUUUUGAAGCUAAACAUUGUGAUGCCAUUGUCAGGGUGGAGCAGGAAGAAUACUUGGCCCGAAUGGACCUUCCUGACGGAACUGCUAAAAACGCUGCUCUUCGAGAAAACGUCUUUGUGAUCCUUGUUUGUAUUCUAAACCGCAUUCCUGUUUUUGUUGUUGGCAAACCUGGUUGCAGUAAGUCCUUAUCUAUGCAAGUUAUUCGAAGCAAUUUGAGGGGCAAGGAUUCAAAGGAUCCUUUCUUGAAACAGCUUCCUCAACUGUAUGUUGUAUCAUAUCAAGGUUCCGAGUCAUCAACUUCUGAAGGGAUUCUCAAAGUAUUUGAGAAAGCGAGGAGGUAUAACGUUGAAGGUGCAAAUGAUGUUCUCCCAGUCGUUCUUUUGGACGAGAUUGGCUUAGCUGAGGUGUCCGCUUUCAAUCCUUUAAAAGUUCUACACAGUUUGUUAGAACCUGGUAAUGGGCAACUUCCUGAUGUCGCUGUGGUUGGUAUUUCUAACUGGUGCCUUGACCCUGCCAAGAUGAACCGUGCUAUUCACCUGUCCCGACCUGAGCCUGAUAUUCAAGACUUAUUUCAGACUGGUCAAUCUAUCAGAGAAGCACAAUUGGAGCAAGGAAAUCUCGCGAUGGGCACAUCGCCCGGAUACAUCCACGCACCGAGUUCGUACCCAGAUGAUUAUCAGCUUCAUUGCCUUGCAAAGGCCUACCAGGAAUACCAGAAAGCACAAACACAUGAGAAUUUCCAUGGACUUCGCGACUACUAUUCGCUAGUGAAAUCAUUGAGUUCUUCCAAUUGUGACAAGUCUAUUGCUCAUCACCAGGACGACCAAAAGACGACAAGAACCCAGCGUGCCUUACAGAGAAACUUUGGAGGUCUUCCCUUUGAGCUGAAUAAGAUUCAACAAUUGUUUUUAGGACAUUUUCAGUCAAAGCGUGUAUUAGAAGACACCCAGUCCUUUCCUGUCACAGAUCUUAUCUGUGAUAACCUUCAUGACAAGUUUGCGCGUCACAUGAUGUUAAUAACAAAUGGAGACUCUGCCAUUGGUAUUCUAGACCAAACGUUGAGGAGUUUGGAGAAGGAGAAGGUCACAAUCUUUGGAAGUCGCUUUGAAGAAGACCAGUCAGAGGAGUAUAACUACAACAUCCUAAGUCGUAUCAUUCUUUGCAUGGAGAGAAAUUGUGUGCUAAUUUUACGUGAUUUAGAGAGCAUCUAUGGAAGCCUCUACGACAUGCUGAAUCAGAAUUACACUGUUGUUGGACAGAAAAAGAACUGCAGAGUUGCUCUUGGACCUUUCAGCAACCCAAUGUGUCAAGUUCAUGAUGGGUUUCGUUGUAUUGUGCUUAUUGACGAACAACGGGUUGAUUACACGGAUCCUCCUUUCCUUAAUCGUUUUGAGAAGCAGCUGCUACGCUUUUCAGAUGUCCUAAACGACGAUGAGAAGGAUGUCAUCUCUAGCCUCCGAGACUGGACUAAAGCUAUUUCAACUGUUCAAGAACUUGAGUCUCAUUUCAAUGAGACAGACAUGUUUCUGGGCUUCAAUGAAGAUACUCUCCCAUCCCUGGUUCUCCACUUUAACAAAGAUAAGUCAAUCAAGAAACACAAGCUUGCUGAGCUGUGCAAGGAAGAACUGAUGUCGAUUGCAACACCAGAUGGCGUCUUAAGAAGCUUGAGGUCUGAUUUGUCUACACAAAUGAUGGAUGAGGUGCAAUUGCUCUUCACCAACUAUUUUUCAAAGCCUGUUCAUAGUGGCCUCAGAGAAUAUCUCCGACAAGUUCUAGAGGAUCUUCAAACAAGGUCUGAAGAUCAAAAUGAUACAAGGAGAGGCAUGAAGCUGUUAGUAAUGACCCACAGCAAUAUCCAUACAAAUGUCGCACGGUUUUUAACUGGUCUGGGGAAUUGCCAAGCAGAAAAACUAAGUGCUUUCAAGUCAGAGAAACAACUAGCAAAGCAGCUGCAGAGCUUCUGGACAUCCAAUGCAAAUAUGCUUGUACUUCAAUGUAAGCCUGACCUUGAUGCUCCUCAUAUGCUAGUUGCUAAGCAUCUCAUCGAAGACCAGAGGAACGCCUACAUUUCCUCCAAAUCUGGAAAUCUUCAGCAACUUACCAAACAUGUUUGUAUAAUCGUCCACGUCCAACGUGCAAGCAAAUGUAAAGUGGUAGAAAGUCCGCAGUGGCAAUUUAGCUUCCUAAGUGGUUGGCAACAGGUGACAAUUGAUACGCUAGAAGAACCAGUUAUGCCAAUUAUGGCUCUUUUGGAAGAGAACGUCACAGAUCUUCUCGAUACCGAGUCGUUUUCCUUUGAAAGAAUCGCGUCUGACCAGCUGCUGUGGUGUUUCACCCGUAUCAAGUAUUCAUCAGUACAACAACCUACUUUAGACGCUGUUUUACACCUGGUAAAGCAGCUGAAAUCGUCCCCUACGAUGAUGAAGUGUUUCAAGAAGAUUGUCGUCAACUUGCUAAGGAAGAAAGAAAACGGAAAGUCUCACGAUUCUCUACAAAGUUUGUCCUGGCUAGUGAUAGUGGCAAGUGAUCGCCUGGCUCUAGUGAACUCCUCCACUUUGGUUGGUGCCAUUGAACAUCAUUUCAAUCAUCUAAUACAACAACCACUUGCAAAGAUUGUGUACUUCUUGGAGAAAGAGUCUGCCUGGCCAAAAGAGAUGUUUUCAUUUGAACCUACUUCUGAUGACAGCUUGCACGUUUGGACAGAGUUGUUGCUUGACGAGGCCAUCUUCUGCAUUGAAGAUAUUCCUGAAUCUCAAGGCGCCGAGUCUUACCUUGUGUCGGGUCAUCGCCACAAGCUGGAAUUUCCUUUUUCCUCUGUUUUUGCCAAGAAAGUGGACAAAAUCAAGUCGCUGUUCAUAGAUGACGUCAGGCGUCUACAGUUAGAAGAUGCUAACCUCGAUGAAAAUGGAGAAUUGGAAGCUGAUGUGUUUGAAGCGCAGCUUCGAAGAUUUUUGCCAGAAAUAAAGAGGACAAUCCAGCAGGUGUUUGAUAAUGAACAUCUUCAAAGUAUUCCUCAGUCUUAUGUCAAUGAUCUCCUUGACUUGAAAACAGCUUACUUUGCUGGGGUUCUUCAACGGGAUGACCGAAUUGAUCUUUUGAAGUCGGUGGUAUCAGAGCAUAUAAGAGUACCAGCAAGUGGAGAUUUUGCUCUUCUUAUAACUCAGUUGCACUGUGCCUUUUGGAUGAAAGAAGCCUUCUUCCUCUCUGCCCUUCAUCUGUCAGUCAAAUGUCGUGAUAUUGUACCCGUGGAUGUAAAAACCUUAACCUCUCCGUUUGUGGUCACCUUCGACAAGAUGAUGUUUGAAAAGCAGUAUUCAACAAUGUUCGAAACUAACCUCAGUGGUUCACCGGAGUUAUUUGAAGGCAAUGAAGAGGAAACAGAAGGAGAAGUCGAAGGAGAAGGCCCAAAAAUGGAGGUACAAAGGGAAGUCAAGGACAUUGGGGAACAGGAAAAUGAAGACGAAAGCAAAGAUAUAGACGAGAAUGACAUUCCACCAACAUUCGUGGAACUACUGGUUGAAAGCUUUUGUAGCGCUCUAUUUCCUACAGCCGAUUUAGUCGAACGGUUUCAAGAUCCAAGUCACUGGCAGCGAUCGGUCAGUCUCCUUCUGUCAAUGGUGAGCAGGAUGCAGCUUUCAGUCCCUGCCUUCCAUUUUCUGAGACUCUGCCACGAUUUUGUUUCAUUGGUAUUGUCACGAACUCCUAUCGAUCCUUGUACUCUCUAUAGGAUGGGGGAAAUUGGUCAUAUGUACGCUUCCGAGGGAUAUCUGGACUCUCAGGAUUGCUUUGAGCAGAUUGAAAAGCUAGUAGGUUCUCUUGAAGAUAAAGAUAAGGACUUUAACAACUUGAAAGAAUUCCGCGUCCUUCUCUACACACGUUGCAUUGACUCUAACCCAGACACACCCUUACGUGGGGUCAUUUUGAGCAGAAUUUCUUGCAGUGGGGACAACACGCUUGUAAAGCUCGCAGGUCCUGUUGUACAUCAGAUUUUUUACGUUGAAAAUCACUGCUGCCCUGGUAUAUUUGAAGAGCUCUUACAUGAUAUUUCCUUAAUGGAAAAUCAUCCAGGCCUUAAAGAUAUGUGUCAUGCUUUGUCAGCACUAACUGGAGACGUUGAACUUGAUUGUCCUUUUGUCGUUAUGUGCUGCGAUCUUAUCUUAGAUGUUGGUUUCCCUCUAAUCGAUUUAGCCACCACAUCUGGAUCAAGCGACAAAUGUAUUGGAAACCUACGAAGGGCAGCAGAAAUUGUAUCCAGGCCUUGUAAAGGAGGUGAAACGGAUGCCUUUUCCCUGGUGUGUGCUAUGGCAUACUUGAGGUCGUUUCUCAGUUCCUUUGCUAGGCUGACGUUGAAAAAGCCUAGUAUUCUGGCCAAUGACACAGAGUUUUCAAUGCUUGUAAGAGAAGUGAAUCCAGUGCUCCUCUCAAAUGAAAAUCGUUUGGCCUCAGUCAGGACAUCGCAGAUAAGAUUGUACUUUCUUCGAGAGCUUCGGAAAGAUUUGCCACUUCACGCCAUAAAGCAAAUCGUUUGGGGCAACAAAAAACUCCCGGCACUAAAAGCCUUGGAGUGGCACGCAGAAGACCAAAAUUUGGUUGGAAAACUAAGUUUUGACCCUUUCAUUGCGCUAACAGAGAAAACUACAGCCAAGGGGGCUUUAGCGAGUCUGAUAUAUGAGAAAAAACAAGAGCCACUCAGAAGUUUACUUAUCAACUUGCAGCAAACAUCUACCCAAAAGAUUGAGCUUGCAGCCGUCUUGACCAAGUGGUUUUAUUUGGUGCGAUCCAUUCGAAAUCUAGGAGAUUCUGAAGAGAAAGCCAUAGAUUUUGUCAGCGAUGAGAUCAGCAAUUUGCCACCACCUUAUGCCGCACUGCUCCAGCGAGUUACUGGAAAGAAAGAUUUCCAAGUUCGAGAACUUUGUAUCUCGCCAGAAUCCUCCCCAAGGGAUGUCCACAGAGCAGCAUUGAUCCUUCAUCUCUGCAUUUUGUUGACGUCAAAUUACACUGGGACGAAAAGCGAACUCCAGGCUUUCUUUUCCUACCUUGUGAAGCCACGAAGGACAAGGGACACAUUCAUCUUGGCAUCAGCUAAUAGCCCACAGUCCCCAUAUGAAAUGCACCGAAAUUCCAGUUCUAUUUCUGCAGACACGUCCUUUUAUUUCUGCUCCUGUGGUACGUUAUCUUCCUCGAAACAUUUGGGAGAUUCUGCUACUUGCCCCGAAUGCAAAACAUCAUGCACAGUUGAAGUUGAACAAAAAGAAGAUGAAGGACUUCACAAGGCAUGUUCACCAGUGAAAGGCUACAUUUUACUCCCACCAUCAGAUGACAUUUUCUGUUGUGUGAGAUCUUUAGGCCCUUCAGAUUUCCGAAUAAUUCAUCUUCUUGUACACGGAGCAUUGUAUGGAGGACUUGCACUUGGAAUAGUUCAUGCUGAAUCUUUCGCUGCAAACAUGGUCAAGAAAGACGAAGGAAACAGUUUUGCUGAUGUUUGUUUCCAGCACAUUGUCAGUGAUAUUUCUGCUUUGUGCCAUCUCUUUAGUUGUGUAGAGGAGGAAGUUAUUUCGCUCCUGCAUCGCGUUUUAGAAGUAACGGCACCCAUCCUCACUUCUGUUAACCUUUGCACAUCAGAAAUCACGAGACUAUCGGUGGAGCAAGAGAUUUCAGACGCAAUUGGACCCCUUGUUCGUGAGUUUUGUGUUAAAAGGAAGAUUUCCAUCCCUAACGUCGCCGAGUCUUUGUCUCAAAUUGAGAGACAGAUUGAGGAAUGUGACAAUCUCCAGUUUGCAGACACAAGUGAAAGGAAGUUACAUAUUCCACGCUUGUUUCGGGCAACCAGUUCAAAAAGCCUCAACAGCUUGCGCGCAUACUACAUGCAUGCAGGGAGUGAAAUCAAAGCAGCUCAUCCACUUCUUGGCUUGUUUUUAGAUUUCCACGAUCGUCUUCCUAUGGUUUCACACCUCAGUACCCUUCUUAUCUGGACCAGAAUUGUGGAAACUCAACUGAGUAGACGGAUAAGCCGACAAGAAGCGUCCAGGUUACGAAUUGGAGAGAUUAUCCGUGGCGAACACCAUUCUAAGAAAAUUACUGAUGAUGAAAAGGAAUGGCUAGGAAACGCCUUCAAGAAGUUUAAAUCAUCCUGGGAGAAGAUUCGUCCAGCUGUUACUGAAGCAAUAGGAACAGAAGUGCCACACAUGACCGAAAUGUCACCAAUUUCUCUUUGCCUGGUGGAAAGAAGAGAUAACGGAAAAUUUUUAUGCACUGCCCUAGAAGUUUUGCAGGAAAUCCAGAAUGACUUUGUUCGAAAGGUACUGGAUAUUGCAACGUCUAGAAAAUGUCCAGCACUUGGAUUCUUGGAGCGAGAAGGAGACUCAGCAGUUGUCCAAGUGGUACACCUACAAGAUGCGCAAGAGAAAGAGAUAAUACAUUAUCAAUGGUCAAGUGACAUUUUAAAGCAUUCCCAGCACAACACUGAGUAUGGCCAGGGUAGAGAAAUACUUUAUGACAUAGGAAGGAUUGAAAAAGAAUUGGCUGUUAGUUUCCUGUUGGGGAAGUCGUACCUGUCAUCUGCUGGUGGCCUGCGCGAGUUCAUGUUUUCCAAAGAGCUAUUUCAUGCAUGUAAAGGUAUUCUGGAUGACCUAGAAACAAUAGUACCACAGCAACCAUUAACUCAGGAUGUCCAGGCUGGUCUGCAACGUCUAAAGGAGCGUAGCCUCAAGGGUGUGCAAGACCUUCUGGAACACAUGGAAAUAGUUCUUUGUCUCCUAAAGAAACAUGAAUCUGGAGAGCCCAGUGAACCCUUGAUAGAAUUCACGGAUCGAUGGCUUGCAGAUUCAAGACCAUUUCCAACAUUUCUUCUCCCAGAACCACGUAAAGCCGUAUUGCUGAUGCACGUUGUAUCACUUUAUGAAUUCCUGGAAGAUUUGUUAGCCGACUCGGCCACAGAAGGCAUUCACGACAUGUACCGAGAAGAACUGCCAAGCGACACAAGGGAGCAGAUGUCCAUUUCCAUUGAGAACAACAGUACCGUGGGAUCUGACCACAUUCCCCUUGCGCCAAUUACUAUAGCUCUUCGUCGCUUCAUUUUUCGCUAUAUAUCAGCCGAGGAGACGCGACCAGAACCUGGACUAUCUUUAAUUGAGCACAUGGUGGAGAGAUCCCUCUGGCCCAUGGAGAUUACCAUAGAAAGAAAAGAAUUUAGCAAUGAACAGUGGAAAGAAGCAAUCAAAUCUGUUUUCCCGGAGGUUCUAACACUUGGCCAUAUCCAUGCCGUCUUGGGCCUUUACCAGGACCAAAUUAAGAUCUCCCAGGAGAAGAAACAACUGCCACGAAAUCAAGCCGCAAGGAAUAAGAGAGCCCCUGUGUCCAGAGCCCGAAUGCGAAAAACUCUUGGCGUUAGCUACUCGUAGAGUCCUCUUGUUUCUGUGAAACAUGGGGGUCAAAAAAACAGGUCCACGUUGUUUUUCCUUUAGGUAUUGUAGACAAAUAGCUUACGAUUCUGUUCUAUUAUAUAAUCAGAAAGCUUUACUAAAAGUAGUCAAAGUUUAUAUAGAACAGCAGUUAUUGACAGAUGUUGCGAGACGAGAUGUUUUCAACAACAGAAUGAUAACUAUUUUUUAAAGUUUUACUUAGAUUAUAUAAUUAGAAUGUUUUCUUGAAAGAAGUCGAAAGUAAUAUAGAACAGUAGUUAUUGACUGAUGUUGCAAGACGAGAUGUUUUCAACAACAGAAUGAUAACGAUUUUUUAAAGCUUUUGCUAAGAUCGUAUAAUUAGAAAGUUUUUUUGAAAGUAGUCGAAAGUAAUAUAGAACAGCAGUUAUUGACUGAUGUUACGAGACGAGAUGUUUCUAACAACAGAAUGAUAACGACUUUUAACAUUUUGCUAAGAUUGUUUAAUGAGAAAGUUUUACUAAAAGUAGUGGAAAGUAAUAUAGAGACAGCAGUUAUUGACUGAUGUUGCGAUUCGAGAUGUUUUAAACAACAGAAUGAUAACGACUUUUAAAGUUUUGCUAAGAUUGUAUAAUUAAAAAGUUUUACAAAAAGUAGUCGAAAGUAAUAUAGAACAGCAGUUAUUGACUGAUGCUGCGAUUCGAGAUGUUUUCAACAAGUUUUUUUGAAAGUAGUCGAAAGUAAUAUAGAACAGCAGUUAUUGACUGAUGUUACGAGACGAGAUGUUUCUAACAACAGAAUGAUAACGACUUUUAACAUUUUGCUAAGAUUGUUUAAUGAGAAAGUUUUACUAAAAAGUAGUGGAAAGUAAUAUAGAGACAGCAGUUAUUGACUGAUGUUGCGAUUCGAGAUGUUUCCAAGACCAGAAUGAUAACAACUUUUUAUAGUUUUCCUAAGAUUGUAUCAUUAGGACGUUUCACAAAAAGUAGUGGAAAGUAAUAUAGAACAGCAGUUAUUGCAAGACGAGAUGUUUUCAACAACAGAAUGAUAACGAUUUUUUAAAGUUUUUGCUAAGAUCGUAUAAUUAGAAAGUUUUUUUGAAAGUAGUCGAAAGUAAUAUAGAACAGCAGUUAUUGACUGAUGUUGCGAGACGAGAUGUUUUCAACGACAGAAUGAUAACGACUUUUUACUUUUUGCUAAGAUUGUUUAAUUAGAAAGUUUUACUAAAAGUAGUGGAAAGUAAUAUAGAGACAGCCGUUAUUGACUGAUAUUUCAAGACGAGAUGUUUUCAACAACAGAAUGAUAAAGACUUUUUUUAACUUUGUGCUAAGAUUGUAUCAAUAGAAAGUUUUACAAAAAGUGGUCGAAAGUAAUAUAGAGACAGCAGUUAUUGCCUGAUGUUACGAGGCGAGAUGUUUUCAACAACAGAAUGAUAACGACUUUUAACUUUUUGCUAAGAUUGUUUAAUGAGAAAGUUUUACUAAAAGUAGUGGAAAGUAAUAUAGAGACAGCAGUUAUCGACUGAUGUUGCGAUUCGAGAUGUUUUCAACAACAGAAUGACAACGACUUUUCUUAACUUUUUGCUAAGAUUGUUUAAUUAGAAAGUUUAAGUAAAAGUAGUGGAAAGUAACAUAGAGACAGCAGUUAUUGACUGAUGUUGCGAGAUGAGAUGUUUUCAACAACAGAGUGAAAACGAUUUAUUUAGGCUGCUGGGUGUACUUAUUCAGUAAUUAAAGUAAUAUUGGUUGAUAUUGUUCGAUUGCCCCAGUUGGUGAUGAAGUUAAAAUUCAUAAUCACAUUGCUUAGCUGAUGUUGCGAGUCGAGAUGUCUUCAACAACAGAGUAUGCGAACUCAAGGAAUAUGCUAUCAAUAAAGUAAUAGUUUAUAUGCACAUUA